GUACCUUGCAGUGUGCGGGGGUGUGCCGUACUGCGGGCUGCAUCAUGAAGACGCUCAUCGCUGCCUACUCCGGGCUGCUGCGGGGGACUGGAUCCAGCCUCCUCUCCACCGUGCAGGAUCUGCCCUCCAUCCCUUGGCUUUCCAAGUCUCGAGUGGAAAGACAUCUUCAGAUCAUCUCCGUGUUACAAUGGGUCAUCUCCUUCCUAGCAAUGGGGGUGGCCUGCACCGUGAUCCUCCUCUACCUCUUCUGCACGGACUGCUGGCUCAUCGCUGCGUUAUAUCUGGCCUGGCUCGUGUUUGACUGGAAUACACCCAGUAAAGGUGGCAGACGAUCCACAUGGGUGAGGAACUGGGCUGUGUGGCGCUACUUCAGGGACUACUUCCCGAUACGACUGGUCAAAACCCACAACCUGCUUCCUAGUCGCAACUACAUCUUCGGCUACCACCCACACGGUAUCAUGGGUCUGGGUGCCUUCUGUAACUUUGGUACUGAAGCCACCGGUGUCUCCAAGAAGUUCCCCGGUAUUAAGCCAUACCUGGCCACGUUGGCUGGGAACUUCAGAAUGCCGGUUCUAAGGGACUACCUAAUGUCUGGAGGAAUCUGCCCUGUGAGCCGUGACACCAUAGACUACAUCCUCUCCAAAAAUGGAACUGGAAACGCCAUAGUGAUAGUGGUCGGAGGCGCAGCGGAGUCCCUGAACUGCCAACCAGGGAAAAACUCUGUGACCCUAAAACAGAGGAAAGGAUUUGUGAAGAUUGCAUUACAGCAUGGAGCUGACCUCGUCCCAAUCUAUUCCUUUGGAGAGAAUGAGGCUUACAAGCAAGUUGUAUUUGAAGAAGGUUCUUGGGGCCGAUGGCUACAGAGAAAAUUCCAGAAAUAUGUUGGAUUUGCUCCAUGUGUCUUCCAUGGUUGUGGGUUCUUCUCCACGGACAGCUGGGGCUUGGUGCCCUAUCCGAAUCCCAUCACCACUGUGGUUGGAGAACCCAUCACAGUCCCUAAAAUGGAGCAUCCAACCCAGAAGGACGUGGACCUCUACCACGGCAUGUAUCUGACCUCCCUUCAGAAGCUUUUUGACAAGUACAAGACCAAAUUUGGAUUGUUGGAGUCUGAUAUAUUGGAAAUCAAUUGAAGCUGCUGACCAAACCACGUUCUCUAGAAAGACUUAUCUGGAACCCAACAAGCUGUUGAAGAGUCAUCUCCAUUAGCUUCAUUAGUGACCAAGCUUUAAUGUUUUGUCCUUUUUGUUUUGUUCCCUGAUAACUCGGUUAUCAUUCUUGGUAAUGACUGCAUCAGCCGUUAGCACUUACAGAUGAUGGAUGGUUCUUAAACAGCUGGUGAGAUGAACACUUUAGAUGUAAGGACCUCAUUGUCUACUGUUCUGCACUAGUAAUGAAGAUGACUUGGAUAUUGGGUCCAGUCCAGAGAUAUCUGCUGCCUCACCAUUUGGAAGGAAGAUGCCCAUUACACUUGACUGUUCUAGCCCAAGUGAUGUGGUUUCUGUUGGAGAAGGUCCAUCAUGGUAGAACCAGGAAGCUGGUUGACCAAGGCAGCUUGCUGCAUGUGACCAAUCUGUAUACUGUGUGGGUGAAGGGUAUUUCCUAGUAAUAGGUGAUGUAUCCAUUACACUGUAGCCAAUACUGUCAGUAUUGUUCAGUAUGUGCCCAACUCAAGUAUCUGACUCUUUUUAAAGGGGUUUUCUCACUUUCUUAAAGUGGUCAUGUUGUACAUCUCUAGGAUGUGUAUCGGUUUAUAAUUGGUGGGGUGGUCUGAACCCUCCCCUCAUCAUAAAGUCAUCACUUUAUAAGAUGGGAAUACCCCUUAAGUCCCCUUUCUUUGCCCAAUGCAGAUUUUGGUGCCUAGUAAUGCAUCCUUUCCUGGGGCCAUCCUCAAAGAGCAUGAGUUGCUCAUAUAAGCCUCUCUUUAAAAAAAAAAAAAAAAAAAACCUCAGAUUGUGACAUCAUCAGAGGCAUGGUGGUGUCGCUAGAAACAAACCAGGUCAAGAGACCAAGGCAGUCGUGGCUUUGACCUAGACCAUACCAGCUUCAAGAGAAGUAGACCCUGGUCUCUCUGGACUAUAAAACCAUUUAGGGGUCUCAUUAGGACCUUCCAAAAUAUGGUUACAAAGUGGCCUCUUUUCAUGGUUCAUCCUUCCCUUUCAUCCCCCAUGUAAUAGGUGUUUUGGGCUAUAAGGUCAGCUCCUUUAUCACAAAGGCUCUGACCACCCAUAGCAAUUUCCAGGUCAAUAGGCCGGCCAAAACUGUGGUUGUCUGUUAUUAGCUGCACUGGCUUGGAGACCUACAACCUUGAAGUCCCAUCUGUUUCUAUAAUGCUAUCACACCUUCACAUCACUAGGUUAAAAAGACAUGGUGGCAAUUGGUCAGUGUGUCAGUUGCCUAAUCAUGACACAUGGCUUACUACAGAGGUCCUAUCAGAAGACUGACCAAAAUAAGUGUCUGCUCAAUGUCUGUGUGCUGCUUUAGGUAGAACAGCACAAUGUGAUAACUUUGACAUACCCCCCCCCCCCCAUAUGUCCCUCUCUAUUUUUAGAAAAUUCUACUCCAAGCUAUGCUAUCUAACAGCCUUUCUGUAGAUGGCACUGGUACUUCUAUAUAACCAUAGAUCUGAGUUGGCACAUCCUGAACCUUGUCUCUCAGCACAAGGAGUUUGACUCCCUUUUCUCAUAGCACAAGCAAUGCAAGUUAGUAGCGAUUUAUAUUUUUUGGGGGGCAAAAAACCCAAACUUUUUUUUUUGUAUAGAUGGUGCUGGGUUCACACUAGCCCAAAUCUGCAUCUACACUAUUUUAGCCCAUUGGUGUGGCACAAGUCUCCAACCAUUGACUGCUCCCAGCUGCAGGCUGUCAGGGCAUGCUAGGAGUUGUAGUCUUGCUAUAGCCAUUGUUGUUGACAUCCUUAAUCCCUUGUGCCGUUCCAAUGCACUAAAAGUGUAGACCAUGUUGGUGCCAGUGUGGACCCAAGCGAAGAGCUUUCCUGCCCACCAUUCAGCUAUAAGAAUGUCUGUGAUCUCUGUAUAGGUACAUGUUGGGAGGACGCAUUUGGGAAGUGCAAUUAUUUUUUGCUUUUUAUACUGUACGACUGUAGAUUAUUUUUUUUCCAAUGAAAGAUGAAAUUGUUGGUUCUCUAUCAUUAGAUGCACCUCAUGCAACCUUCUUCCUGGAGCAAAUACAAUGUGACCCAUGAAUGUCCAAUGCAUCUGUAAUGUGCCUUGAUCUGUUCUGGGCUGUGAUGUUGUGUGGGGUUUUCAGUUUGCUGGAGUAUAUUCUUCAUUUAUCUUAUUUUUGUACAAGUCAAUGUAAAUAAAAGUGUAUAAUGUCA